GGGCUAACUCUCGUCUUAGAAGCGAAACAAACAGACUCUGCCAUGUCGGAGAGGAUAGACCUGGAUGCUCCACGAUGGAAUCAGGGGACAUUCCUUGGACGACUCAAGUACUUCUUCUGGGUCACUGACCCGCGUCUGACCGUAGUCCCGACACAUCGGUUCCAUGAGGCGAAACUCUGCUGGAGCAGUACAGGUUACUUGCCAGCUCACAUUAUCAUUGUCUGUAGGCGAGGUGAAGAACCAGCAAACACAUCCUCUACCAGCAUCCGCCAAGCCCAGAAGAUGUUCCUCUCCGCCUUCCACCCUGACUCUGGGGAUUUGCAGAAUGUGAUUGGUCGGAUGUCCUUCCAAGUACCUGGCGGCAUGAUCCUCAUUGGAGCCAUGAUUACAUUCUACAAAUCAAACACUGCUGUGGUAUUUUGGCAGUGGGCCAACCAGUCCUUCAAUGCCCUUGUCAACUACACCAACCGCAACGCUGCGUCGGACAUCUCUACAAAACAAAUGGCGGUAGCAUAUGUCAGCGCCACAUCAUGUGCCCUUGUAACUGCUCUCGGACUCAAGCAUCUUCUUGCCAAGAGAGCGGCGCCGCUGGUGCAGAGAUUUGUUCCCUACGCUGCGGUUGCUGCUGCUAACAUGGUGAACAUCCCACUCAUGAGGCAGAGUGAGCUGGCUGACGGGAUCCAGCUGUUUGAUGACAACAACAACAAAGUUAUGGAAUCUCGGUAUGCUGCAACAAAGGGAAUUGGCCAGGUGGUGUUUUCAAGAAUCGUCAUGGCAACCCCAAGCAUGACGAUGCUGCCAUUUCUGAUGGAGUCUCUGGAGAAGACAAGGUUCAUGAAGAAAAACCGAUACAUCAACGCCCCUCUGCAGGUGCUACUGGCUGGACUAGUGUUGCUGUUCAUGACUCCGACUGCGUGUGCCUUGUUCCCACAGAAAUGCUCUGUCCAGACUGACAGGCUUCGAGCAAUGGAGCCCCAGAGAAUUGAGAAAGCAAUGGAGAAGUACGGUGAUCGACUCCCCAUGACUCUGUACUUUAACAAGGGACUGUAAUCUGGAGAAUGAAGUAUGGAGAUGACCUCAUCCCUGGUGCAGCAAACCAAUCAGACUGAGAUUUGAGGAUGUGAAUAUCAGUAUUUAUUCAACACUUUCAUAACCAGAUUUAUAUUUAAUGGGAAAGUGACUUGUCUCUUUCGUGUUUAUACAGAGACAAGUGUUGUGUGGUCAAUAUUGACAUGAAAUAUUUUGACCACAACUUCAAAUUCUUGUGAUCAGGCAUGAUUCCGAUUCGAUGAAUUGUCUGACUGGAACUGCCUUUCAUGUCAGUCAAUAUAUGAAUGCAGAUAUACGAUAAAGUAGAUUUUGUGUGCUUGUUACAGUACAACAUUGUAUAUUUCAUACAACAUUGUAGACAGAGUGAUUGGUUAUAUACAAUAGUUUAGACUAUAUGAGGAAAGGUGCAUGUUAGAGUUCUGAAGACAUUGUGAUUGUAUGAAUACAACAUUGUAUCAAUAGUAGUUUUCAGGGUGAUUGUAUCAAAAUAUCCUAAGUAUGGUGAUCAGUACAAAAUAUACGCAGAGUGGAGGUAUGAAUGGAACAACGUAUGCAGGGUGAUUGUAUCAACAGAUCAAUGUAUACGGGGUUAUUUUAUCAAUAGAACAAUGCAUGCAUGGUAAUUGUAUCCAUAGAACAAUGUAUGCCAGAUUUGUAUUAGUACCAGAUUGAAUGCAUAUUGGUUGUAUCAGUAGAA